UUUCAAAUAAUGCCAAGUUAUGGACUUCAAACUUUUUCUACCUGUGGCUAUAAAGUGGAGUCUCAUUAGAAACUGACAGGUGAGCACGAACAACCAAUAUGGUUUGCAAAGUCAAGCUCUCUCUUAUACGAACAGAGCCUGAAAAUGAUGCACUAAUGUUCCCGUGAUUGCUACGGUGAUGGGUUGUUGUUAUUCACCCAAAGUAGUUACUGCAGGGUUCAAACAUCAAUGUAGCACCAGAAGGGAUUAGUUAACUGUAAUGAAAUGCUGUAGCUCAUUAGAACUAGUGGUUAGAAGUAUGUAGUACACGAUCUUGUCGGCCAAUAUACAAUAGGGUCUAUAAAUCCCAAGUUGUUUUACUUCUUGACUGAAGUAUAUGAUACGGCUUUCAUGUCACUUGGUUUCAUUCUAAAAGUCUUACGUAUACGCAAACAGUGAAAGUACUGGCUUAGUGUAUUCUAGUCUGAUAUAUAGGUUUUCUAAUGCCUUAAUCGCUCCCUAAUGUGUCCAACGACGGUUCCCGUACUUAUCAACGACGUUCUAGCGAGUUUCACCUCAUAAAUUUUUUAUCGCACUAGAUCUACACGUAUUAUCAUGGCUACAUUGAUCGAGCUGAGGCGGAAAAGCGUUUACAGAGUUUUGGGAUAGCGAACAGUUAUCUUCUUCGUCUCAGUCGUGCAGCACACGGCGGUGAUACAUGGGAGGAUAUUUACGUUCUCUCAUACCUCUCUUCAACCUUUGCUUGUUUUCAUUUCAGACUUAUUCCUCGUUUUAAUUGUUUUCAAAUUGGUGGGAGAUUCUUCGAUAGCUUAGACGGAUGUUUGUCAAGGUAUUACACUCGUGACAUAAUGACAGGAGAGCGACUUAAACAUCCCAUCCCACCUACAAGCCUCCCGAUUGAAUAUCAUACUCAACGUUUACGGGCUGUACAAGAUUUUGAACCAGAAAAUGGAUACGAUCGUCUGGGAUGUGUCGUUAAUGAUCGUUUCUUACUAAUCUAUGAAGAUCCAAAUUCCGAUUGGAUCCUUGCUACUUCUUUGAAAUCUCGUCACUCAGGUUAUUUACCGAAAUCAUGUGUUGAGAAAGAAUAUCCAGAGAUUAUUGAACGUUUAGAUUUCUUCCACCCUGAUCCAACACCUCAUCCUAAAGAGUUACUCAAGAAAGCUGGUCCAUUUAGCUAUUUAUUACGCCCUUGUGAUUCACGUCCUGGCCUAUAUACAUUACUCUUAUACGAUGGAGUACGUGUUCGUAAAUGUCGACUUGAAUUAAUUGUUCAAUCGGAGCUUAUACCACAAGAUGAUGUUACACCGACCAAGAAAACCAAUCAUGAUAGUAAUUUUGAUCAUAGGAAUAGUGAACUGUUAGAUGAACAUACAAAUGAAUUCAAUAAUGAAUCAUUAUCAUGUAGUAGUAAUAAUGAAGAUGAUAAAUCAGAUGAAUUUCAUAGAAAAUCUAAUAAAAUAUUUUUAACUAAUAAAAAUUUAGAAGAUAAUCAUAGUACAAAUGAAUUUAUAAAUUUUAAUAGAAAUUUUCAAUCUCCUCUUUAUCGUACAACUACUAAAAUACUGUAUAGCGGUACAACUUUUCCUAAUGUUGAAGCUGUAAUCACAGCUAUUGAAUCACAUCAUUGGGAUCUUUAUCAUACUGAAGAAUUGAACACUUUAAAUAUUUCCGAUGAUGGAUGUAAUUGUCCAAUUAAUGAUGAAGUUAAUGUAAAUGCAACAAAUGAUAUUUCAUCAGUAGAUAGUUCAAAUAUUAAUACAACAGUUCAACAUGUAUUUAAACCUCUCUACAGGAAGCGUAAACCUCAAGUACACCCUCCCUCGUCUACUAUUUAUAUGGAUAUGUGUUAUGCACGUCAACCGCCAACAUCUCAUCAAUCGGUAACUGAAAUUCAUGGGGAAUUGUCUAUUUGGUUACAACAAAGAAAGAAAUGGAAAUUAUGUUAUGCACAUUUAGAUAGAAAACAAAGUAUACUAACAUUGGUUGAUGGAGAAAAACGUAAACCUGAACGAUUUGAUCUUUCUAAAUGUGAUUUCUUUCCUAUCCAUUAUACAGUAUAUGAAAAGAAUUUUUGCUUUGGUUUAGUUUUAUAUGGUGCUUCAGCGGGAGAUCGAGAAGAAUUUGUUUUACGUGUAGAAGCUCCAUGUUCAUCAAAUAAAUUUCAUUCAAAUGCUAUUAGUUCAACAAUAUCUAGUCGAAUUAAUUUAUUCAGUAAUUAUGAUUUAGAUAUUAAUUCGUAUUCCGGUCGUCCUGAAGAACCACCGUACACACUUCAAAACUUAUCACACUCAUGCUGUCGUUUUGCAUGUGACUGGGCUGUUCGUUCAAAUGUAACCUCUGUAGAUAAUAAAUCUUUGUUGCCAUCAUCAACUAAUCCGAACGUGACCAAUUUAUCAGAAAAUAAUAAUAAUAAUAAUUGUCUUGUUAAUUGUGAUUUGCCACCGGCCACUUGGGAGAUCGUAUACCAAAGAUGGGUGACGAGUUUGAAACGACAUUGUCGUAAUACAAAAGCCGAUUCAGCAACUGAAGACAAUGUAUCACUUAGGCAAACGAACUUAAGAUGUUAUCGCAACCUUGAGAUCAAGUUCAAUAAUGCCAAAUUAAUGCCAACGUCAUCAUCGAAAUCUCGCCGAGAUGAUUCAAUUUACUCCGUAAAUUUAGAUGGAUUUGAAAUUGGACGUGCCUACUCCGGGUCUUCUGUCGUUUCUAUUUUUUUAGAUGAAUUUCCGUUUGGUUUCAAAAAGAUUGAAGUUUUUAUGAAGGAAGAUAAACGUAAACGUUCACUCGCUAUCGAUUUUGAUAUAGUCCAAUACAAUGCUACUACAAAUUCCGGUGGUUCUACGAUUGCAGAUCAUGAUAAACAAGUUUCUGCUAGUAAUUCAUCAUCGGCAUCUCUCCCAUUAUCGUCAACGUCCCCUCUCCAUUAUUCAAUAUGUGAUACGCAGGAACGUAGCAAUGGUCAAGUAUCCAUUAUUUAUAAAGAACUACACGUAAUUCCUUUUCAAUAUUAUGAAGGUUUUCGUCAGACAAUAAGAAACUAUAUGAAUUCUGAAUUCAUACCUCUUUGUAUUCAUGUUUGGAAAUCAUUUGCACACAAUAUGAACCAAAUGAAUUUUGUUACUAGUCUGUUAUUAACAACAAUCGAAUUGAAUUGUCAUUUAGAGUUGAUUGUCAAUUUACUACGAAUUGAAGUAAAUAAUGAUAAGCCAAGUGCUUCUUUUCGGGGCAGUUCAUUGGGAGCACAAAUACUAGAUAUCUAUAGUACUACUGUGUGUUCAGCUUGGCGUAGUCAGUGUUUUCGACGUGUAUGUGAAAAAGCUCUGGAAGGUCCACCGUCAAUAAAAUCUAAUUCAACUACAUCUUCAAACCCAUCUCUUAAUGUAAGUCAAAUUAAUAGUGCUAGCAAUAUAAAAUCAACAUUCAAUCAACGUCCUUCUGUUGAUAAAAGUUCUCAUCAUUGUACAAAUUCUACCAAUUCACAUUAUGCACUUACAACACGUCCAUAUUCAUUAUCAACUGGUGCCACUGGUUCAGUGAAAUUCGACCAAAUCUCAUCUACUACACCUAAUCAAGGUUCUCUUCAACAUCAUCAUACACGUGAACAAGAGUGGCAUCACCAUUUACUUUCCAUUGCUGUGGAUGACUUGAUUACGUAUGUACGCACAUUUCCUUUACAAAUUCGUUGGAUCUAUUCAGAAUUACAGGCUUUAUAUUCACCUAACCAUAGUAAUGUUGUUGUAUGUAAUCUAGUUUUUCUACGUGGUCUUUGUCCAGUGCUAUAUUCGCUUUCAUCUUUGGGUAAAACAAUUUGUUCAGAAUCGCUCAAUGGAUCUAUUCACGGUAUUUUAUCUGGUUUUCCUAAUGAUGUUUUCCAUUCAUCAUAUACAAAUUCAACUACUAAUUCUUCUUAUCAUUCAUGGUCCUCUUUUCCUCAAUUAAAUUCUGGUGCGAAUUCACCAACUGUUCCAUCACAUGCAUCUGAAGCAUUUGCUUUAAUAGCUAAAACAUUAUUAGCUCUUGUCGGUCUAAAUGAAACACCGAAAACACAAGCUGAUGGUUUUUUAUCAUUGGAACAAUUUAUGAGUUUACGAACAAGAUUAUUAAAUGAAUUUCGUAUACCUAUUACUUCUCCAUUGUCAACAAAUGAAAUCAAACAAUUAGAACAGUUAUAUGAAACAGAUGCACGUAAAGCCAGUUGUAAAUCACUUAGUCGUGAAUUAGCUCAAUUAGCAUAUUAUUUAUUAGAAGCAUAUCAUCCGAAACAUCAAUCGACUACAAUUUGUCGAACAAAUAAUAAUUCCAUCAAUCACUUAAAUGAUACUACUACUACUACUAUCAAUAAUAAUAGUAGUAGUAAUAAUAAUAAUGACAUAUCCAAUUCUACAAUGAAUAACAAUUCUACACCGAUAAAAAAUCAUAAUCAUGAAAAUAAAAUUACAGAUAUUUAUCCUGUUUCAUUAUCACCGCAUAUUUAUUCCGUUCUAAUUGAUCUAGCUGAGAAAACGCAUCAAUUUGUACUGGCUAAUCGAUUGACUUAGAAUAAUUAUGAUUAUUUUCUUUUGUGGUUAUUCUAUAUUCUUUAUGUUUAAAGAAUUUCUACUUUGAAUUAUUAUUCUAUAAUUUACAAUUAGAAUCCAAUAAGAAAUAAUGAUUUUUAAAGGUAUCGUUUUUUUUUCAUUUUAUUUGUAUAUUCCAUUGAUAUAAUAAAAUGCAUUCAAUACACAUAAUGAUGUGUUGAUCAUGUCAUGUAUUC